UUUGCACAUGUGAUGAUACAUAUUAAUUGUUGUAGGAAAUGGCGGACGAUGAGUUAACUGAUAUGAUGUAUGACAUGGAGUUUGGAGAACUGAUGAAAGACUGGAUAGAAGAUUGGUCAGAUGAUGAAAAUUCAGAUCGUGGAGAUAGGUCAGAGAAUGGGAACGUAUUGGAAGAUCUUAAUAUGGAUGAACAUGAUGAUGGUCAGGAAAACAAUGAGCAUGAUGAUGGUGAGGAAAACAACUCGGAGAUCUCGAAUGAAGAUUACAUUAGUCAGCUCAUUUCCGAAUGUCAUAAUGCGUACGACUAUUACGAUGAAUCCGACGCGGAGACAGGCCUUGAUGUCGAAUCAUUAGCUGCAUCUGAUUCUGGGGAGUCGCAAUCGUCGGUCAUCAUGAGUGAGGAAGAAGUGAAAUGUAACUAUCUGGAAUGGGUAGACCCGGAGUGGUCAGUGGCUACAAAGUUCUGCCUGAGAGAACUGUGGAGCAUGUAUGACGAGAAGCUGAGAUAG